AUGAGUGAAACCUCAACAACAACACCAACAACAACAUCGACAAUAAGUGAUGAUCAGUGCAACCAAUUGAUGGACAGUUUGCUAAACUAUGUGCGCGACUAUCAUCUGAAAAAGUUUGAUCCCUUAUAUCUGAGAGAUAAACAAACCAUUAAUUAUAAUCAAUACGUGUCAGUAACCAUCAAUCAGUGUAUCAUAUUUGGUGCGACCAGUUUUCAUCGGUCAUCCCCGGCCAUUGAACUAAGGCCACAACACUAUCGACGGGAUAGACAUACCUUUCAUGUCGGGUGCGACAUACAGGUGCGCGACUUGAGGGCCAACAUUAACUUUGACGCCAAAAUCGGUUUACCAAAGUAUCGCUAUAAUCCACGUUUGAAAACAUGUUGUGUUUCGGUCAAUAGAUUUACGUUUCGGGUCGAGUGGUCAUUGAAUUUGCAUCGCCAGACAAUCAGGGCUACCGAUGUCCACUUGAUUGACAACGAUCGGGUACAGUGUGUUAGUACAGGGUUUCGAUGGCCAGUCAAUCGUACGGUCGAAACGUUGAUACGAAAAAAUUGUGAACUAUUUUUGGCCGAUAAUCGCCGCGAAUUGGAAUCAAUGGCCAGACAGGCGAUCAACGAUUGGUUUGCACCGACUUUUGGUGAACUAUUUGAUAGCCGAUCGGUGGUCAGCGACCCGACGUUUCGCCAGAUUGUCGACCAACUGAAACAUUUGUCGUCUAAAUAA